AUGGCCAGCUUUGCAACCAAGGCAGAAGCAUACGCAAAAGCGGAUGCGAAGCCGGAGCGCUCCGACCUGCACCCUUGCUUCCAGAGGUGUAUUGACUCGCACUACGAUUACCCCUUCUGGGACAGCACUCGCGCGGAAAUAUGCGAAAAGGACUGGAAAUCAAAGACGUACGACUAUUUCGGCUAUACCAUCUCGCCUUGCAUAGUCCACGAGUGCUCCUCUGAGAAGCACGAGGUGGUCCACAGUUUCCAGGAGUUUAUGGCGGACUUCUGUGGCAAGACGGCUUUCGCUAAAGAUUAG